AUGAAUAAACAAAGAGGAACAUACUCAGAAGUGAGUCUGGCCCAGGAUCCAAAGAGGCAGCAAAGGAAACUUAAGGGCAAUGAAAGUUCCAUUUCAGAAACCGAACAGGACAUAUUCCAAGUAGAAUUAAACCUUAAAAAUGCUUCUUUGGAUCGUCAAGGGAAUGACAAGACAUAUCACUGCAAAGGUUUACUGCCACCUCCAGAGAAGCUCACUGCUGAGGUCCUGGGAAUCAUUUGCAUUGUCCUGAUGGCCACUGUGUUAAAAACAAUAGUUCUUAUUCCUUUACUGGAGCAGAACAAUUUUUCCCUGAAUAGAAGAAUCCAGAAAGCACAUCAUUGUGGCCAUUGUCUUGGGGAGUGGAUUACAUAUUCCAACAGUUGUUAUUACAUUGGUAAGGAAAAAAGAACUUGGGAAGAGAGUUUGCUGGCCUGUGCUUCGAAGAACUCUGAUCUGCUUUCUAUAGAUAAUGAAGAAGAAAUGAAAUUUCUGGGCUCCCUGUCAGUUCUCUCAUGGGUUGGCAUCUCUCGUAGUAGCAGUGAUCAUCCAUGGGUGUCAAUAAAUGGCUCAACGUUCAAACACGGGAUAACAGAAUCAGAUAUUGGUAAACAUAACUGUGUAAUGCUGCACUCAUCUGGGCUUAAAUCACACAGAUGUGGAUCUUCACAACUAUAUAAUUGUAAGCAUAAACUUUAG